CACACACACACACACACACACACACACGUACUUACCCGCUUACUUGAAUUAUCGGUUUCUAUGGAAACCUGCAAGCGUCAAACUAAAAAACGCUUUAAGUGAUCAUUUUAAUCACUACUUUUAAAAUAAUCCCCUAGAUCAUGCUGUUGUUUUGUGUACACAUUUGGACCAGUGGUGCUUGCUGGAGCUUGCUGUUGUGUGUUCAUGCGUUGAUGGGUUGUUUACAUCUUCAGAGUGUGUUGAAUGUAACAGAUUCACAGAGGCUGGUCCAGGAUCAGAAACUAGAGUCACGUUUGUCACGUUUACGCUUGCAAAAGGCCCUAAACUAUUUAGCACAUUGGUUUUCAGUAGAGGCCUGAUGCCGCCUCCUGCUUGACACCUCCUCUUCUCUGUAGAGUAGUAUAAAAGCCCAUCUUUGCCCAGAGCUCGACGGGGUUUGAUCACACCUCCGGCCGGGCCACAGAGCGCCUUCACAGCCUCCACCUCCUCAUCACUUCUCCUUUGCACCACUCAGACAUGGCACCAUUCGAGAAGUCCAUGGAAGUGAUGCCCUUCAAGCAAAGGAAGUGCUUAGCAACAAGAAAAGAUGAAGUCUGCACAAUUCGCUCCAAGUUCCCCAACAAAUUACCAGUCAUCGUUGAACGUUGCAUCCGGGAGAAGCGUCUUCCACUUUUGGACAAAACAAAGUUUUUGGUCCCACAUGAGCUUACAAUUGGUCAGUUUCUGUGUCUCCUCAGGAGUAAGAUAGCACUGGAAGCAUCCCAGGCUCUGUACCUGCUGAUCUCAGGAAAAAACAUGUGCUCCAUGACAGCCAGCAUGGCGGAAGUAUAUUCUCAGCACAGAGACACAGACGGCUUCCUUUACAUGACCUAUGCCUCCCAGGAUAUGUUUGGCUGAGAAAAACUUCCAUUUGUCCCUUUAGAGAGAUCGCCAUCAAGACCGCCUUCAUGACCUCCAUCAAGAGCUGACCAAGCUUUCUUUAUUUACCACUGCUGCAGCUGGACAUUAUCAUUGUGCCUGAGACGUCAGACCACUUCCCCUGAACAUUUGGCCAAAAAGUCUCUUCUGACCUCAAAAUUUCUUUUUUUUUUUAUUAUUUAUUUUUUAAAUUUUAUUUAUGAGAAGUCCAUGUUGAGAUUUAAAAAAAAAAAAACCCACAAUGAUAAAUACCCUGUGAGAAGGUCAUAAUAUGUCAGAACACUUAUCUAGGAGACACAGCUGUUUGGUCGUGACGAUUACAGAACCACCCUGGAACAAUAUACAGUACAGAGGUUCUGUUAGCUUCAGAUAGCGCAGUCACAGGAAGUGAGAGAGGAAGAUGGGUGAAAACUGCAUGACAUUUCUCUUCUCUUUUGUCUUCUUGUGUGUUUUCUCCUGAAAACCCUUAUUGAACUGAAACGCCUGAGACAUUCUGUACACAAUCAUGUUGUAGGAAAAGAAUGUUUACAGUGAACUUCAUCUUUGUACCACAGCUGUUAUUGGGAAUACUACAAAUAAAUCAGUUUUGCCCUUUUU